GAGGGCGACUGGAAGAGGAGGGGCGUGGAGGAAAGGCCGACAGAGAAGGGGAGGAAACCAGUAAUUCCAAUACUUGCAAAGGCCUGCUUGGGCCUGGAACCAUACCAAGCCUGCACAACUCAAUGGUAGCUAUUUCUCUCCGUUUUAUUGAUAGGAGCUGUUUACAGAAUUAGUAAGUGGGAGAGCCAAGAGAGAACCCAUUCACUCUUUCAUUCAUUCAACACACUCAUUAAGCGAAAAUGACGUGCUAGGCGCUGUGCUAAGUGUCAGGCGCUCGCCUAGCCCCAGAGUAACCAGCCAGCCAGACUCCCUCACCCCUGCCCCGAAGGAGCUGAAGGUGGGUGGGGGCAAAGGGCCGACCCGGGGACGUCAGGAAGUCGCAGGGUCUGGUGUCCCCGCCCCCGGCCCGCCCCGCCUCGAAGGAGGAACCCCGCGCGCCGAGCCUAUGGCUCGGCGGAGUCUGCGGGCCGCCGCCGCCCCCAGGGCCCGCCGCGCGCGUCCUGUCGCGGCGCCCAUCACGGGAGCGGAGGGCGGGCGGCGAAGGCCGGCUCCAGGGGCUGCGGCCGAGGCUGGCCUCCCAGCGGAGCGGUGACACGCGCCUGCCGAGAUGUGAAAGUAAAGACUUACACAGUAACAAAGAUGCUUGUGAGCCAGAAUGCCUCAGCAAUUAGACCACGGAAUUUGUACGCCAUAGUGUACAUCAGCCUCGUGUUUAGUAUUUUGCAUGCUUUGCCUGAUUUUCCAGGUGAACCUUGCGUUUUAAAGAUGACAUUACGAAAUUUCCGGACAAUCUUAUCAUGGGAAUUAAAAAACCAUUCAGUUGUGCCAACUCACUAUACCUUGUGGUACACAAUCAUGAGUAAACCAGAAGGUAUGAAGAUUGUUGAGGACUGUAGAAAUAUCACAAGAUCAUUUUGUGACGUAACAGAUGUGUGGGGAAACAUGCGUGAGACGUACGUCCCCAGAGUGGAUGGGUUCAAGGGGAACACAACACUGGUCAGCUGCACGGGCAGUUUCUUCCUGGCAACACACAUGUCUUUGGAGCCACCAGAAUUUGAGGUUGUUGGUUUUAUUGACCACAUUAAUGUAACAGUGAAAUUUCCACCCGUCAUCCCCAAGAUACUAGAUGGGGAAGGAUUAUGGUUUUACUCACCACUUAUCAUCGAAGAACAGUCAGGGAGAAUUGUUAAGAAGCAUAAACCCAAAAUAAAUGAAAACGUCACUGGAGAUUUCAUUUAUAUCAUCGACAAAUUAAUUCCAAACACGAACUACUGUGUGUCUGUUUAUUUAGAGCCUACAGAUCUGAGAGCAAUAAAUAGAUCUCCCUUAAAAUGUACCCUGCUUCAACCUAGGCAGCAAUCAGGGACAUCAGAAUCUGCCAAAAUAGGAGGAAUAAUCACUAUGUUUUUAAUAGCAGCUGUUGUCACAAGCACCAUAAUAACAAUGAAACGGAUUGGUUAUAUAUGCUUAAGAAGCGAUUUCCCCAAAGUUUUGAAUUUCUGUAACAAGUCAGGCUGGGUAUUUCCUGAGCUGCCACCACUGGAAGCUGUGGCUGUAGCAGAGGUCAUUCACGUUAACAGAAAGAAGAGAGUGUGGGAUUAUAAUUAUGAUGAAAGUGACAGCGACAACGAAGCUUUCCCCCGGACAAGUGCAGGCGGUUAUACCAUGCAUGGCCUAAUAGGCAGGCCUCUGUGUCCGGCCUCCACCUCCGCAGCCCCCUCAGAGGAUUGCAUAGACUCAGAUGCUGAGGAACCUGGCCUGCCUGAGCCCGACGCUGACACUGAGCCCCUCAUGGCCCCAGGGCCCAGCCCCUGGCAGUCAGAACACACAAGUGAGGCAUACAGAGGGAGAGGCAGUCUGCUGCAGGACCCCUUUUCUGAGGAGGAUGGCAGCUCCACUGAGGGGUCUGCGGACAGAAUUGCCUUCAACGUGGAUUUAAACUCUGUGUUUGUGAGGGUUCUUGAUGACGACUCAGAAGUCCCUGCAAUGUUAUCUUUUCCAGAAGAGACAGUCUACCUGGAGGAUCCCGAUGAAAUGGAUCUUGAUGAAGCAGAAAGCCUUCUGGUGGCUAGUGGAGACAGGACACAGCCACCCUUCCCUGGCCCCGCUGCAGAGUGCCUGUGGCCUGAAGAUGCUUCUUCCAAUAAAAGUGACACUUCUGAGUCAGAUGUCGACAUUGGGGAUGGUUAUAUAAUGAGAUGAAGCCAAAAACAUUUAAUGAAUCUGGACUGACAGUACCUCCAAGGAUCUCCCUCUUUGCACCGUCACCUGCUCCUUUGUGGUCUUCAGUGUUCUCUGGACCAGGAGUUGGAGACUGCAGUCUGCUUGGGGUUCCUGGUGACGUCACUGAUGUCCAUUCCCAGUGGGGCGGAAGGGAGUUGGGAAGUGUGGUACUUUAUCAUAAAAUCACCCAGUGCGUUGUUUACAUGUUCAAAGUACUACACUUUGAAGGGAAAAUGCCCUGCCAGCUCCCUUUACUCUUGAGCAUUUAUAAUGUUUCCAUACCAUGUUUCCCAGAGUAAGGAGCAAGGCUCCCUGUGGUUUCCAGGAAUGGUCCAGGGCCCUGUAAGAUUUCUGGGAAACAAUUAAAUUGGACCACGGAAGUAGGGAAAGAAAAGGAAGACACCGAGGGUUCAUGGCAGGAGCAUUAAGCAGUGUUGAGCCUAGCAGGCUCAAGGAAGGAGCUGGAAAGCAGGCAGGAAAGGAGGGAGGGAGGGCAACCGGGGGGAAAGGAAAGAGACACAGAGGAAACAGAAGCACAUGCUCUGAGCUGGAACUCGAGAUCCAGCCAAAUCUUGGGCACUUCCCAAAUGUCAUAUUCUGUCAUUAGAAUUGGAUUUUCAGCCCCUUGAUUUUAAUGAGGAAGAUAUAUUGCACACACAAAUAACUCUAGUCACAGGCAGGUAACUAAGAGAGGAAAUAUUUGCAUGAAGGAGAAGGCCAGAAUGUCAAUAAUCAUAUUUUAAGAUUUUUAAGUAAGAGAGAACAAAAUGCAGAAAUGCUUCAAAGUUUUCAGAAGAAAUGUCUACAGAUGCUUUUUAACAAUUUAAGAAGUGCUAUGUGUGCUGAUUCCAAAUGUCCUAUGUGUGACAACAGUUCCCUGUGAAUGGGGCUGAAAGGGGGGAAGAAACGUUCUAGAAUAUGAUGUAGCAAACAUGACAGAUCUGACUCAGAGAUCUGACUCUGCUACCAUUUCACUGUGUGGCCCUGGGCUUAGCCUCUGAGCCUCAAUUUUCUCAUUUGUGAAAUACAGGGUUUGGCCUGAAAUCUCUAAGGUCUUACAAUGCUGGAGAACUAUUAGAAAAUACACAGGAAUAAAGAUUCUGGUGUAGGAACUACAACCCAGAACUGCUGCCGGAGUGAUGAAAGGCAUAGUGUUGCCCAGCUGCACCUGGGGGGUCUCUCCCUGCACUCUAGGUGAAGCACUAGGAGAAACCUCAGCCUGGACUGGGGAAGGGGUCUUGACUCUGAAUGAGGAAGAAUUCUCAAGGAGGUCAGAAUGUAGGUACAGAGGGAAUUCAUUAGAGUGAGAGCAGCAGGAAAUGACAGCUGCCUAGCAGGCAGCAGAGAAUAGGAAAGUGCAGAGGGAAAGUUCUUGGCCUAGGACAGAUCCCCUUGCCAACUCCUGAAGUCAGGGUCACCCAGCGUCCUGUGUCUGCUGGGAUCUGCACUGCAUGGGGAAUAGCCCCAACCACUCCAGGAUUUGGGGGGGCCACGGAGCACAAGAUGGAGUGAGAUUAUGUUCUCAGAGUUUCCCAAAGGAGAUUUUCAGGCAGGCUACUAAGAGCAGACCACACAGCUGCAGUUUCAUCCGGGUCACCCAGGCAAUGGAAACAUGCAGGCCCAAAUCUUGAGUUUAGCAGCCCCUUCCUACUCAUUAGGAGUAAGGCAGAACAGAGUGAAGACUUGGAAAUAAAGGGAAAUAGCAAGGAGACAAAACACAAUAAUUUGAGCAGUGAGAAUGCUUUAUUUGAAAGUACACACUUAAAAGAAAGGAAAGUGCAGGCAUCCUCAGGAGGCGCACUGAAAGUUUGGGGUUUCUCUUCUAAGGCUUUCAAGAAUGGGGCAAAGGGCAGUGGGGGGGUUGUUGGGCACAGGCUUGACUUGUGGUCCCAAGGUGCUUAUCUGGUGAGAGACACCAUGUCUCCUUUAUUAUCACUCCUCCAGCUGAUUCUGCUAAAUUAACCCAACAGAAGGGAUUUAUUUAUCCUGUUUUCCUCCAAGAUAUUGGUUACCCUCAAGUAGUGGGGACAUAGCAGUCAAGACUGCCUGCCCUGCCUUAAGAUAGGCUGGUAGGUUAUUGUCUGAUUGCCAGAGAAUGUGUUAGGAAUCUUCUCAACUCUCUGCUUUUUAAAAUAGAAUCUUAGCCUUAAGAUGGGGUCCCUCCUGUGCUUACUAUACUGUUUAUAUAUCAGCAUUUUUUACUGUAGGCAGGAAAAGUUAAUCAUGUUUGUCCCAUGUCCCUGCCCUGCCUCAGUAGGACCCUCCAGUCUCUGUCCUCAUUCAUGUCAAGAGGAGGUUCUGGGACCUUUCUUCUGGACCCAUCCAAAAGGGAAAAAACAAAAAUUUUAUUAGUUCUUGUUCAAAGACUGAGUAGGAUAUUUUUGUAACUGCUCUAAAGUAACUCAAAGGUGAGGGCUGUAAGAAGAGGAAGCCUUAUUUAAUAGUCUAAUGAAAUCCCAUAAGGGAAUUCCUCAUAUACAUCCUGAAUGCAACCAUCUGUUCUGAGAGAUUUUCAGAGUGAUCUUUUGGGGUAGCCUCUUUAUGGCUGCAUUUAUGUGUCUAUAUGAGUGUACAUACGUGUUUUUAAAUUUUGUAUAAUGUUUGGAUGUUGAUAAACGAUAAUACAUACUUUUUCAUACAAGCUUGGUGAUGCCUUUCAAGCUGUUUCUCAUUGGAGAAUGUAAGUAUGCAGUAGGUUUGUGGUUCUGCCGGCAUCUUUGGGACUGCACAAAGCUCGCUCUGUCUCUGUGCGGUGCUCCGCGGGGGCCAUGCGGACAUCCCUGUGCUGGCGUUCCCAUGGACGGUUCUGGCCUCAGACCUUAGGCAGUGUCUUACAUCACCCAGUACUUGCCGUGCUCCGGGUUUUCCAACCUCACCACUGUACAGGUUUACAAACAGUAAUCUUAAUCACCAGUCCCGUGAGAGGAACGAGUUAUUGCCAAAAUAAUGUCUUGGUUUUGUGUU